GCAACAUUCUAUAAAAUACAAAUUUUUGACAAUUGUGUCCAUCUCUUUUUUCCAGUGAUUUACCGAUUUACAUUCUUCACUCAGCAAAUAUGCCUACCGUUUCACUCGCGAAACAAAACUUCUCAACUGCUGCGGAGGAUUUGCUGAACACGCAGAUUCGAAUCGAACAGAUAGCACAGCAUACAUACCUGGCGGCAGCCGCGUACUUUGGGCAAGAUACAGUGGCAUUACCUGGAUUGGAACACUACUUUUUAGAGACAGCCGAACAUCAAGGGAGACGGGUGCAGCAUUUGAUUGACUACCUAACUAUGAGAGGCGGAGAAACAAUUAUCCAACAAAUACCGCAACCUCCGCUUGAAUGGGAAUCGCCACGUAAUGCUCUUGAAACGAGCUUGAUGCUAGAAAAAGAUGUCAACAAAUCGCUGCUGAAUCUGACGACGGUGGCCAUCGAUCAUCGAGACACAGAACUAGAGCACCACAUGAAGCAAAACCAUUUGAUGGAUAAAGUCAAACUGAUUGAGCAUGUUGUGAAAGGACUUACCCAAUUGGAACGCGUGAACGGAACAGGUUUAGGACUCCAUUUGUGGGAUCAAGAGUUGUACAGACGAGAAAAAUUCCCAGUGUAGCACAAAUAAAAAAAAAAAGGAAUUGGCAUCGUCAUACCGCUCGAUUUGCUUUUCUUCUUUAUCUCUUUU